CCGGGGGGACCCAGGCGUCCGGGACCGGGCCGCGCUCCUCGCUGCUGGGCCGGAGGCUGGAGCCAGCGGCAGCAGCCGGGCAUGGGGGCCCCUGGGAGCGGCCCGGAGCUGGGCUCGGCGCCCCGGCACAUCGGCACCGCGCAGCCCCCGGACACGGGCUGGGAGCGGCUGCGGGAGCUCUGGCACCGCGAUGAACUACAGCAGUACCCAGAAGAAACUCUCAACAUUAUCAAAGCUACGUUUUCAGGGGCUGUCAUUGGCUGGGUGUACGGAGGUUUGCCAGCUUUUCACCACGCGAAGACACAAUAUAUUGAGCGGAGCCAAGCAGAGAUUUUUCAGAACCGUCUGGAUGCUGUGCAAUCUGCACAUCGUGCUGCAAUCCGGGGAUUCAUCCGUUACGGCUGGCGCUGGAGCUGGAGAAUUGCUACUUUUGUGGCAAUAUUCAACACAGUGAGCACUGGUCUGUCCGUGUACCGCAAUAAAACCACCUUCAGUCACUUUGCUGCCGCAGGAGCCUUUACAGGAGGCCUGUUCAGAAUGCAUUUGGGCCUGAGCAGAAUGGCAGCUGGCAGUAUCUUUGGAGCAGCAUUCGGCAUCCCUGCAGGAGGGCUGUUGAUGGCAGUGCAGAAGCUCGCUGGUGAGACCAUACAGGAGAAAAGAACACGUGAGAGAAGAUUGCUUUAUGAACAGAGGUUUGCAGAGUGGAAAGCUAGGCUUAAUGUUACUGAGUCUGACUUGGAAGAAAUUGUCAGUAACACUCCGGAAGGAACCAUGGAGAGAGAUAUGGAGAAGAUCCAAGAGUUGUUAAAUCUUCCCAAGAACCCUCUGCCAUCGGAAGAUAGGAACUAGUCUGAGCUCUGACUUCAGUCAAGGCAUCUUGGAAGACUGGCGUGAAUCUGUUUCUGUAUCUAUUGUUUUCGGCAGCAGCAGUUUGACGACAAUGUUGUGGAUAUGCAUCAUGGCGGAGGGAGGGUUCAAGAUCUUUAACUGGAGUAAUGACCAGUGAGCUGUGUUUUGUGUGAGGGCAGCAACAGAACUCUUAGUGGCUACUUCACACUUGAAUGCCCUGGGCCACAUCUUAAUGCAAUAUACACAGAGAAAGGGGGGUUCAUUAGUGCUGCAAGAGUGCAUAUCCUUAUGCCACUGUAGUGAGUGGCAUGAUGGCAGAGUCUAGGAGCUGCCACUCUCACAAGGAAGCCUGUAAUGACAUUUUUAUCCUUAUUUGAAAACAGAAUUCAGUUUUGGUGAAACUGGCUGCACUGAUAGCGCUGGAGUGCUGUCUAUCCAUUGCCCAGGUGCAGCAUGGACAAUGCCCAUGCUAGUUCCCUCCACUCUCUUUCUUCAGCGUACCUCAACCCUGCUCCGCUAGGAACAGUGCUACGGGUGGGAAGAGUUUGGUGACUGUGGCCUACUCAGGCUUUCUGCGUUUUGCGGAAAUAAAUGGUUCUCAGUUUUCCAAAUGAGGCUUGUGUCAGGAUCACAAAGAAAGUGCCUGACAAGGACAUACCUUGGGUUCCUCUAAAGUAGGGUGUCCUUCCUUGAGGGGGAGGGGGCUACAACAAGGAUGACCGCAUGUUGGCAGGAGAGCUUAGCGUUACGGUCACAUUUUAACCCAAAAUUGUGAUUGUGUUAAGUUACAAAUCACAGGAUCCUCUUGGAGAAAACUAUUGGAAAUGCUAUUUAACAGACAUAACCGCUCACGUUGUCUAGGCUGUUUUGUCUGCUAGAAUCUCUUCUUACUCUGGUCAUAUAAUAUUGUAAUUGAGCACACCAGCAAGACGGCUCCCAGGGACGAGGAGAGUUAAGUCUCGUGGCCCCAUUCAGGCUCUUGAGGCUGACAACCCCAAUUCUCAUAGCAAGAGCAAACAACUUGGUCAUGAAAAUCUAGGGCUGGCUUUGAAUUAUAACAGCCUGUGGUUGAAAUGGCUCUGUAUCCCUUCACCACUUCAUGCUGGGCUGAAGCCAGUUUUUAGCAAUGCUCGUAGUUUACUCCCUGUAACAGUGAGGUCAUAGGUACACGACCCUGCUCCAUGUAAUGGAAGAAAACUCCCAACAAGGUAAAGACAGGAACCUGUUGACAAGCCAUAACAGGAGCAGGGACUAAGUAUGUAGCUUCCCUCCCCAGGGUUCAGCCAGGUACAGUACAUGUCAUUAAAUUCUGCCUAAAUGUUUUAUUCCUUCACUUCCAGGUUGCUGUUAACAUCUGCACAGCUCAGUCAGCAGAGCACAUCCCACCCACCCAAACCCGGUUCCUCACACAACUUGUUUAAAUAAGGCACUGGUUUUCAGAAAUGAGCAUAUUCUCUAUCAACUAUACUCUCGUUUUUCCAUAGGAGGAAAAAAAUGCAUUGUUGGGGUGGACGUGUCUUGUUCCUUCACAUACUACAAGGGGAGGAAUGUGUACAGCCAUGGCUCUGCUUCAUUGUUGUGGUCUUCCUCCACACCUAUGUACAGGUCAUCAACAAUGCUGCCGUGACUCCCCCCCCCACCCCCAACAAACGUGUGUUUGCCACUCUA